AGGUUGAAAAGGUUGAAGAGGUCGAAGAGGUUGAAAAGUUUGAAGAUGUGGAAGAUAUAGAAGACAAGGAAGAUGUAGGAGAUGUAGAUAUUAAAGAUGUUGAAGAUGUUGAAAGAUGUUGAAGAUGUUGAAGAUGUUGAAGAUGUUGAAGAUGUUGAAGAUGUUGAAGAUGUUGAAGAUGUUGUAGAUAUCGUAGAUGUUAUGGAUGUGGAUGAUGAAAAAGUCAGAGAUCAAGAAGAAGUAGGAGAACAAGAAGAUGUAACAGAAGAAAAAUCUGCUGAAGAAUCUGCAGAAGAAGCUGCAGAAGAAGCUGCAGAAGAAACUGCAGAAGAAGCUGCAGAAGAAGCUUCAGAAGAAGCUUUAGAAGAAGUUGCAGAAGAAGCUGCAGAAGAAGCUGCCGAAGAAGCUGCAGAAGAAGCUGCAGAAGAAGCUGCAGAAGAAGUUGCAGAAGAAGCUCCGGAAGUCAAAGCAGUAGAAGAAAAAGUUGUAGAAGAAUUUGUAAAAGAAGCUGAAGGCAAGGAAGCAACAGAUGACAGUGGUAAGGAUAUUGCAAAGAAAGUAGGUCCUGACAAUUCUGAAUCAAUGAAUACUGGAGAAAACUUUGACAUUGGAGAUGUUCUAGAUUUUGAAUAUGAAGAUGAAGAAGAAGAUAAUCCAAUAGAGGAAAACAAAGUUGAUAAAAAGAAUGAGUCUGAAAAGAAACAUACCCUUACAAAGGAACAUUCUAAAACAACCAAGAAACAAGUAACAUCAAUUGCCCCUAAAAAGGUUCCUGCAAAGAAAGUAUUAGAGGAGGAGGAUGUUGAGCUUCAACUUAAUGCUGAAGAUGAUGUUGAGCUUCAACUUAAUGCUGAAGAUGAUUUUGACCUCCAAAAUGAGGUUACCAAUGAUAAUUUGGAUUCAGAUAUUAUUAUCGAAGAUAAUGACAUUGAGAUCAUAAUGGACUUAACUGAGGAAAGUCCACAAAAAAAUGCCAGCAAGGGGAAGGUGUGCGAGAAAGGGAAGUCCAUAGAUUCAGUAAAGAAAGCUGCUAACAAUAAAACAGAAGAUAGUAAAGAAAUUGAAGAGCUGCUAAAAUGUUUGGUUUGUAAAAAUAUCUGUGUGAGGGGGGUUUCUGUAAAGUGCUGUGGUUCACAAGCAUGCAGAGCUUGUGCUACUAGAAGGGUGUUGGCCUCUAAGAACUGCUUUAAAUGUCCUAAAGCAAUAUCUUCAGAUGAUUUAGUCAAUGACGAAAAGCUCAGGUCAGCAGUGCAACUGUUUAAAGCAGGAAAGAGUAUCCCAAGCUCUGCAAUUGAUGCUAUCAAGAAACGACUGAAAAUUAAGCAGGUGCAAGAAAAAAAUUCUGCACAAAGCAAUCCAGUCGGAACAAAGAAGACCACUGAAGUAUCUGCAAAAACAAGUGGUCCAUGUGAUAAAAUAAUCCUCAGACCUGCCAUGAAUGAUUUUGAGGAACAAAUAACUAAGAUUUAUGUUUCUUUGGAGUUCAUCAUCACCAAGCAGAAGCUACUGAUAAUGCAGAUUGGUUGUUUGAAUGGAAAUACUGGGAAGACUAUUCACCUGUCAUAUAAACCUCUUCCAUUAGUAAAUCCAAACAUCUGGGAGCAGUAUCAUUUCAGUCAUGAUCAGUCCUCCAUGGGAACAGGGGAGCAAAACUUUUUCUUCACCAAGGAAGAUGGCUCAGUCAUCCCAUGCUUCUCAUCCUUGGAUGCGUCGAAUGAGCUUGCUAUGUACUUCCAAGAAGUGGAGAGGAUACAAGGGAAGAAAAGGAAGAAUACGUGCUUAGUGUUUUUUAGCACCGCUGAGCGCGACGCAUUUUUUGCGUAUUUAACACGUGAGAAAGAGGUGUCACUGACGCACACCUCCUUGAAGAAGAAGAAUUUGCUUAGUGUUGUUGAUCCUAUAGAUAAUAUUGUCUGGAAUAGUGUUGUGUACGAGCAGUUUAUUGGUCGUAGCAGCUUCAAACCCAUCAAUGAGCUGUGUAACUUGAAGGAACCUAUAUACUCGUGUCAGAAGAUCGUGGUUCAUCUCCGCGAUCUAUUUAUCAGUAAAAAGAUCAUUCCACGCAAACAUCUGAUGUUUAAUCGCUGGCCGCCAUCAGCUGCUAGUCUUAUCAACGUUCCAGUAAAUCAUCAUCUAGUGUUGUCAAGUGUGAGGAUCCUGAAAAACAUGAGCAGUCCUUAUACGCCCGAUUCACAGGCCGAUACUGUUCUCAUACCAGAGAUAUCUACCAAUGAAAAUGCAGGAGUAACUGUAAACGAUGUUCACCUUCUUCCCUUCAAUCAACCAGUUCUUAUCAGAUUAACCAGUAUCCAGAAGGGAACUCUCUCCAUAGACUACAACUUAAAGUUAAAAAAAUAUUGUGCUAGUGGGCCGAGUAAGGUAUAUAUGGUGGGUAAGGUGCCCUACGUGUUUAUCAUCCUGAAACCGACAACCAGCUCCAAGCGAGUAAAUAUCGUCCAGAUAAAAACCCCGGUCCGGAGAAUACCAGGCGGAACUAGGCUCUUCACAUACACGGAGAACUGCGGAGUUGAUGAUGAAACCGUUCCUAAAAUUCAGAAGGUUAAAGUAUUAGCUCAGGGAGCACACAAGAUUCAAGUUGACGGAGCUUUGAGUAUUCCAGCAAAACUUGUUCUAGAGGAUACAUCCGAGAAUCUGGGAGAUGAGGUUCCGUUCACCACAGAGGAUGUAAUCCUGCUCAACCCUCAUCCUAAACUCUCUUGUACCAUCCUCAACACUAUAGUUACUCCUGUAGAGGAUGAACAUCCCAACGGAGUGAGGUUGGUUCUCAGAAACCAUCCUCGGUCAACCACAAUCUCCAGGGGGGAGCAGAUUGCCACCGGGCUCAUCUUUGUAGGGUCGAAUAUUGGAUUUGCCAUUGUUAAAUCUGCAAAACAAGAACGAGAGUUUGAGAACUUGACUGCUUGGUUGAAGAGCCCUUCAAACACCAGAAAUGAUAAGGGGUUUUCUGAAGGAGGAGGAGAUUUGAGAGAAUUGUUGCAAUCUAACACCAACUCAAAGUUUAAUAAAGCUGAUGGAACGAGAAAGCGUAAUGCCGGGGGAGUAAAGCAGAAUGAUCGACAGCGCACCGUUCAGUGGAACAACGAAUUGCGAAUGUCAUCGAUGACAAGAAAAUUCUUGGGAAUCGAUCAGACGGAGAUGGAAAUAGAUAAGUUUGGAACGGGAGGUAAUCAGUCUGGAUCGGGAAUAGAUCAAUAUUCCAUGGGAAUGACUCAGAACGGUGCGGGAAUGAACCAAUUCGGAACGGAAAUGAAUCAGUAUGGUACUGGAAUGGAUCAGUACGGUGCGGGAAUGAACCAAUAUGGAACGGGAAUGAGUCAAUUCGACAUGGGAAUGCAACAACCAUACAUGGGAAUGCAACAACCAUCCAUGGGAAUGCAACAACUGAACAUGGGAAUGCAACAACCAAACAUGGGAAUGCAACAGCUAAACAUGGGAAUGCAACAACCAUCCAUGGGAAUGCAACAACUAAACAUGGAAAUGCAAUUACCAAUUAUGGGAAUGCAACAACCAAAUAUUGGAAUGCAUCAGGAUGUUGGACAGCCAGGAAUGGAAAUAUAUGAAUCUAACACGGAUUAUCAGGGAUCAGAUAUGCAGUACUCAAGUAAAUCGGAUCGCCAAGACGAAUAUAUUCCUGAGUGGAAGAGAGCUAAACCAAGUUCCCAGUCUGAUCGGUGGUCAAAGGAGGAACCUGGAAGAUCAACUUAUAUGACAGGUCAAGGACUGGAAAGACAAAGUCGGUUUGAUUCUAUGGAGAGAACUGAAAACCCUGGACCUAAGGAUUCCUCUUAUGAAAAGAUAAUCCAUAGAUCAUGGAACUCUGCUCCAUCACAGGAGGACAAGUCUGGUCUAUGGGAUGCAAAGACGGGUUCUAAAUCUUCCUUUUGGGGCACUUCUGCUUCUAGUUCCUCCAGGUGGGAUGAUAAACCUGCUUCUGCUUCUAGUUACUCCAGGAGGGAUGAUAAACAGGCUUCUGCUUCCAGUUCCUCCAGAUGGGAUGAUAAACCUGCGUAUGAAUCAUCUGCUUCUAGUUCCUCUAGAUGGGAUGAUAAACCAGCGCAUGAAUCAGAAAGGUGGAGCAAGAACCCUAAUCCAAAACCAUCACUGUGGGACGACAAGCCCGUCAUUGAUGCAGGAUAUCAGGAUAAGAUGCCAACCCCGGUCCCAACCCGGUAUUCAGAUUCCGCUGUUCCAGCACCAAGAUAUCAGGCGUCUAAACCAGACCCAGCAGACAAUCUGGAUAAUGAGAUAUCGGUGUAUGAGAAGAAGUUACAGAGGUUGAAAGAGUUGAAGGAGCAGGUGGUGCAGGAGACAACUUCUAUCAAGAAGACAUUUGAGGCUAUCCCAGAAGUGUUGGCAAUAGAGAAGCCAAAUCCUUCAAUGAGAUCAUCCAGAGACAUAGAUAUGAGACCUUGGGCAAAAGAGGAAAUAAGCAGAGGAUCAGCUAGUAAAGGGUUUGAAGACACUCAGAAAGGUAGUUCCAGGUAUGAGGAGUCCGGAGCUAGGGGACGGUUUACAAAACCAAAUCCGAUAAUGGGAAGAUCUGAAAUUUAUGAGGAUGAAUUCAGCAGCUCCAGUCAAUCAAGGUCUUAUCAGAAAGAGUCUAACAAACCUAAUCCUAUGAUGGGAAGUAGCCGAGCCUCUGAUACUGAGUGGGAAAGGCCAAAUCCAGUGUUUGGAAGAGAUCCUGGUGCUGAGUAUAGCAGAACAAGCCUUGCUAAAGAAAGUACAUGGUCAAAUGAUUCUGAAUACCAGAGGCCCAAUCCUAUGAUGGGAAGUGCAAGAGCUCAUGAUACGGAGAACAACUGGACUUCCAAUCGUCAAGAUAACGAGUAUUUUCCGUCUACCAGACCACAAGAAACAGACCAGCGUCCUAAUCCUAUAAUGGGUAAUCCCAAGCUGUAUGACAAGACCGAUAUUUCAUAUCCCAGAGGACAAGAUUCAGGAUACAACAGAUACAACACAGAGGCAAGUUCAAAUUACCAGGCUGAGGAAUACAGAAGACCAAAUCCAAUGAUGGGUGGAAGUAGUGCUCAGGACGGGUUUGGUAAGGUUACAUCUCGGAACGAAAGUUCUAGGUUUCAGAACAAGAAUUACAGCAGACCUUAUCCUAUCAAGGGUGCAUCAGGAGAUGCUCCUCCACCCCCUAGACUUUCUAAAGAUUUUAAUCUUGGAAACGUGCGCAACCAUCCCUUUUAAAAUUGUGUAUAACUGUAAAGUGUUUUUUGUGUCUUUGUUUCGUACAUCUUUUUCCACAUUGUUUCAUUUAACACACAGAAAAUUAUCUGGUUUUAAUUUCAGA